CUCCCUCCCGGUCCCCGCCUCGGCCCCGGGGUUCAAGCGGCUCCGGGGCGCCCUUUCAGUUAACGUCGUUGUCUCCCCGGUCCCCAGCCUCAGCCCCCGGGGACUCAGGCUCGCCCGCGCCCAGCAGGGAGCCCGCCGGGAAGCGCUAUGGGGGCCCCUUCAGCCCUGCCUCUGCUCCUGCUCUUUGCCUGCUGCUGGGCGCCCUGCUGGGCCAACCUCUCCCAGGACGACAGUCAGCCCUGGACGUCUGAUGAGACAGUGGUGGCUGGUAGCACCGUGGUGCUCAAGUGCCAAGUGAAAAACCAUGAAAACUCAUCCCUGCAGUGGUCUAACCCUGCUCAGCAGACUCUUUACUUUGGGGAGAAGAGAGCCCUUCGAGAUAAUCGGAUUCAGCUGGUCAAAUCCACACCCCAUGAACUCAGCAUCAGCAUCAGCAACGUGGCCCUGGCGGACGAGGGCGAGUACACCUGCUCCAUCUUCACUAUGCCUGUGAGAACAGCCAAGGCCCUCAUCACUGUGCUGGGAAUCCCGCAGAAGCCCAUAAUCACUGGCUACAAGUCAGCAUUACAGGAAAAGGAGACAACCACCCUCAAAUGCCAGUCUUCUGGGAGCAAACCUGCAGCUCAUCUCACCUGGAGGAAGGGUGAGAAAGAGCUUCAGGGAGAACAAACUCGGAUACAGGAAGAUCCCAACGGUAAAACCUUCACUGUGAGCAGCUCAGUGACAUUCCAGGUCACCCGGGAGGAUGAUGGGGCAGACAUCGUAUGCUCUGCGAACCAUGAAUCUCUAGAUGGAGCUGACAGAUCCACCUCUCAACGCAUUGAAGUUUUAUACACGCCAACGGCGAAGAUUAGGCCAGACCCUCCACAUCCCCGCGAGGGCCAGAAGCUGUUGCUAUACUGUGAGGGUCGUGGCAAUCCCGUUCCCCAGCAGUACCUAUGGGAGAAGGAGGGCAGUGUGCCACCCCUGAAGAUAACCCAGGAGAGCGCCCUGAUCUUCCCCUUCCUCAACAAGAGUGACAGCGGUACCUACGGCUGCACAGCCACCAGCAACAUGGGCAGCUACAAGGCUUACUAUACUCUCAAUGUGAACGACCCCAGUCCGGUGCCCUCGUCCUCCAGCACCUACCACGCCAUCAUUGGUGGAAUUGUGGCUUUCAUCGUCUUUCUGCUGCUCAUUCUGUUCAUCUUCCUCGGUCACUACUUGAUUCGGCACAAAGGAACCUACCUGACUCAUGAAGCUAAAGGCUCUGACGAUGCCCCCGACGCGGACACAGCCAUCAUCAACGCAGAAGGCGGGCAGUCAGGCGGGGAUGACAAGAAGGAAUAUUUCAUCUAGGGUGGCCACCACUUCCUGCGCCUCUCCAGGGGCCCCAUGGGGACUUCUGGGGCCAUAACCAACUUGGACUUGUACAGAGCAACCCCAGGGCCGCCCCUCCCGCUUGCUCCCUACCCCCACCCCCUGUACAGAAUGUCUGCUUUGGGUGCAGUUUUGUACUUGGUUUGGAAUGGGGAGGGAGGAGGGCGAGGGGGGGAGGGAGGGCUGCCCUCAGCCCUUCCCGUGGCUUCUCUGCAUUUGGGUUAUUAUUAUUUUUGUAACAAUCCCAAAUCAAAUCUGUCUCCAGGCUGGAGGGGCAGGGGCCCUGGGGUGAGAAGAGCAAAAA